AUGGGACGCGGAGACGCUUCCCCCACGGCGAGCACGCCGCCGGUGCCGUCGUCUGUGGCGCGUGCGCGCGACGAAAUCUCCCUGCGGUGUCUUCAGAGGCACGACGCGAAAAUUCGGAAAAUCAUCUGCCAAGCGUCCUUCGUGAGCGUCUACGCGCUCUGCCCCUCCACCCGGAAGUGGGACCGCGCACACAUCCAGGGCGGCCUCCACGUGGUAGAGAGAGACGUCGAGAAGGCCCGCUCAGACAGAAAGAAAGAAAGCAAGUGGAGACUCUUCGUCCUGAACCAAAGAGACACCGGAGUCCUCCUCGAAGACAUCGACGAAACGUUCGAAAUGGAGGGAGAGAAAAACCACCUCUUCUACAGAGUGACUUGUCCGACAACAGGACAGCAGCGAAUCCACGCCAUCUGGGUGUACGACGACAACCAGAGACUCUCUGUUCAGCGCACCCUCCAGCAAAUCAUCGACGCAUGCGUGACGACUCGCUCGCCUGCAGUCGGGGCACCCAGCGCGGACAUCGCGCCGCAGACUCGCGCCGGUGUUUCCGAUGUCUCCUCGGGCUCGAACAGCGCCGGCGUCCACCUCCUCGCGCUGCUGCGUGGAGCCCAGCCGGGAGGCGGGAACCCAGGGGGCGCGGGGGCCCAGAAAACGGGGGCUGGAGGCCCCACGCACCCCACACCGUCCCCUACCUCCGGAGGCAGGGACGGCGCCGCCUGUGGAGAGCGGCAGGCUGCAGAUGCCUCGGGGCCCGCGCCAGGGCAGAGCAUUAUGUCCCUUCUCGGCAUUGCGCCCGCGGCGCCGUGCGAGGGCCCGUCGGGGCCGUCGCCGCUUCUCCCUCUGGGCUCCACAGCCUCGCUCAUGGGCCCGUUGCGCCCCGGAGACACGCACCUCUCUGGGGCCGAGGAGCUGGAGGAGAACAAAGGGAAGAACACGAGCUUGUCAAUUCUCUCACUGCUCAAGCGACCCGUAGCUGGCGCCGGGGGGACGGAGACAGGUGUCUCCUUCCCGGGAAGCGUCGCCCAAGAGAAACCCCACUCGAGAGGCGGCCUGUCUCCUCGGUCCCCACGCGAGCGAGAGCCUUUCGGUGUGGCUGACGCGCCCGCAGCGAACCCCGCAGGCGCCGUCUCCCUCGUAGACAUGUUGAAGCGGUCCGCAGGGGACAGUCGGGACGCCCACCGCCCCGCGGAGACAGUCCCUGUGGGGGGCGAGGGCCGCGCGGCCCAGGCGCGGGGCCCUGUCUCCUCUGCGGGCCUCUUGGGCCCGUCGGGGGCGGGUCUCUUGGGUGUCCCCGCGCCGGGGGCUCCGUUGCUGCCUUCGGGCCGCUUGGUCCCCGUCGGCGACGCGUCUUCUCUCGCGUCUUCCUCGCCGCUCCUCGCGGCGCCUCUCCAGCGGCCCUUUGUGGAAGCUUCACAGCCUCCUCUCGCUGCCUUGCCUGCCCAGGGCGAGAACCCGCGAAGACCCCCGCGCGCCCCGGCCUACCCAGCGGCUGCAGCGGCGGUCUGUGGGGCGCGGGAAGUGUCUCUUUCGCGGCCCGAGGACGGUGAGCAGUUGCUUGUCUCUCGGAGUAUGCUGGCUGAGGCUCUGCAGCGGGUGCUCGAGUCAGACGCGUUCUGCACGCUCUUGUGGCAACAGCUGGCCGUCGUGGAAGCGCGGAGCCGAGAGCCUCGGGGAGAGCAGCUCGGCGAGAAUGCCGAGGCGAAAAGGAGAUACAGUCGCGAGGAUGUGCGUGGAUAG